AUGAAUAAGAACACCUCAACGAUUACCUCAAAGACCAUCUCAAAGACUACCGCAAAAACCACCUCAAACGCCACCUCAACGACUACCUCAAAAAUCACCUCAGACGCCACCUCAAAUGUCACCUCAAAGACCACAGGCAAGAAGGAGAUAAAAAAUGUUUGGGUGUUGAUGAUAUAUUUCUCCGGGUAUAAAGAUGAUGAUUGUUAUGAUGUCGACUGCCGCUGUUUCGCGAAAGAGGAACUUGCUUUGACGGCUAUGAGGAGUGAAGCGCGGCGGCUUUACAAACAAUCGAACAUUAUCCAAGAGGCCGAAGAUAAAUACUUUCACGAAUACGUUGAUAAAUCCUCGAAGGGUAUAGACUUUGGAGAAAGUUGGGGUCAAUCUGAUUAUAGACGUGAAUUUGGUUUCUGCCAAGUUAAACGCGCCAAAUUAGAAUUUGAAUUAAACGAAGAAGACAUUUAUGAUAGCACGGACGAAAGCGAAGAUGAUGACUCUGAAUGA